AUGACAGCACUAUUUCCUCCACAAGUAGCCAUUCAGCUUUCGCAAAACCAAAAGGUGAAUAGGGAUGGUACUGUUACUUACGGUGAACCUUCUACCGGAACUGGUAAAAUAGUUACCAUUUCUGUCAAAAAGUCUUUCUAUCCUCCUGACCAAGGAUCUACUGCGAACUUAUGCAGGUAUACACAUACUCUAUAUCCUGGAGGAACAAAAGUAUUUAAACUUGCACAAGUACUAGAUGAUGAUAAUAAACCUAUCAGUCUGAUUACUGGAGGAACUCCCAAUGUUACCUCAGUUUCCGCCUAUUACUGGAAGGAUAAACCUGGUGAGACUCUCUUGAUAGAAGUGGUCACUAUCGACUAUCUAGGAAUUAUUACCUAUUAUUCCAAGAGUAGUGAUAGGGAAAGUUGGACUAAAAUUUAUGAAACUCGAUCUCCACUCACACCUGAGGAACUUGAAACUAAACUGGAUGACCUAGUUUGUCAGCAUUACGAAUCAGUUACUUUAGAUUUAUCCUCUAAGAAUUCUAAGAAUCUUACUGAUGGCAUCUCUAACUAUGAUAAUGAUAGUAACAACAACACAUAUUGUUGUGCUUACCAUAACGGUCAAGGAAAGAUCACUGUUAACAAGGGAUCAGUUUCUUGUACAGAACAUUUUAACGACCCAAGUCCAACACACCCUAGUUCUGCUCCAUUUUUCAAACAUGAUAUUACUUCUGGUCGUACUUCAAAAGUUGCAGCUAUCAAGUAUUAUCCAAAUAGUUCUGGUCCAAGAAGGAGAAUAAAUAUUCCUGACCUUGCAGAUUUCCAAAAGGGCUCACUCACUCUCUAUGUUUUCCACUGUACAGGGGAAGCCCCAAUCCUCAUAUAUGUUAAAGGUGGACCUCAGGAAGUUGAUAAGAAGUGGUUUAAAAAACCUAAUAGUAGUAAUGGUAAAUAUGAAGACUGGACAAAAGUAGAAAGUCUCAGCAUAAGACCGGACGAGUUAAAUGGGAAUAUACAAUGUGAUCAGUAUAAAGAACUUGUUAAGGAGCUCGAAUGUAAGAACCAUAAAGACUGUCCCUCAUCGCAACACACUUCUACUGCUCCUGAAUCUGAUCCUCCUACUUCUCCUAUUUCUCCUGCUGCUCUUUCUGAAGGAACCCCUGAUGAAGCUCAAGCUGCUACUGAAACUGAUGCUAGUGCUAGUGAUGUUAGUGAAGCUAAGCCUGUUAUUACUACCGCUACUACUGGUGGUGUCUUCGCUGGAUAUAUCGUCUUCGGUGUUUUUGGUGGAUCAGGCGCAGCUGGUCUUGCGGGAUGGAAGCUUUAUAAGAACUUUAAAGGAGACCCUUGGGUUAGACAAAUAUGA